CACCACGACCUGCCUCUCUCUCCCCUCCCCUCUUUUUUCUUUCUUAAAAAAGUAGGUUUUCCCACCCCCGUCCCUAGUUCGCCUCCCCUCCUCCUCGUCCCUUCUCCUCCAGAGCCUCAUCGACCCCCUUUCCUUGCCCCUUGCCCCCCGUCGCUCUUUAGAAAUUGGCCUGUUUGGUUCUGGUUUCCAUUGGAUAGGGGACUCCUUGGCUCGCUUCCGUGGCUUUCGUUUCCUCUCCUGUGCUUCGCUCGGGACUUGCGCCUUGCAAAGGCUUGCCGGGAAAGAGAGAGAGAGGCAGCUGCAAGAAACUCCCACUCGCUUCUCUUCUUCUUUUUCUGAGCCGGCGUCUUGCUUUCUUUUUUUACCUGAAGUCCUUCGCUUUGCGCUCCCUCGGCCACCAUGAGCAUGAAUGGCGGCGGAUCCCACCCCAGGCUCAACACCUUGGGGAGGAUGGUCAGAGCCGACUCCGGCACGGAUAUGCGCUAUGAGAUGAACUCCCAUAUGAUGAUGGGGGGUGGCGGAGGAGGUGGUGGCGGCGGAGGCGGCGGCGGCACCACCAGCCAUUCCCAUAAAAUGUAUUACAUCCAGAAAAGCUACGGAGGGGACAUGAACUCGGAAGGAUACGCUCAAAAUGGAACUGGCACCAUAUCCAGAAGCCAGAACACCAUCCAGGAACUUCUGCAGAAUUGUUCAGACUGUCUCAUGCGUGCAGAACUCAUAGUGCAACCUGAACUGAAGUAUGGAGAUGGUAUCCAGAUUAGCAGAAACAGGGAUCUGGACGAUUGCUUUGCCCAGGCAAACGAACAAAUGAGCAUCCUUGAUGGUCUAAUCAGAGAGAUGAGACAGAUGGGGCAGCCUUGUGAGCUCUACCAGAAAAGGCUGCUUCAGCUUCAAGAGCAGAUGCGUGCACUCUUCAAAGCCAUUAGUGUACCCCGCGUUCGUAGGGCCAGCUCCAAAGGUGGUGGCUAUAGUUCCCAAAGUGCAUCAGGAUGGGAUGAAUACACCAGACGUGUGACCACUGAUUGUCUGAACUGGAUGAGGCAGCAGAAGGCUGAAAUGGAGGCAGUGAAAUGGGGGUUUGAGGCGGCAAUCAUAGAACAACAAAUUGCUGAGCACAGGAGAUUUCACAACUCCAUUGGAGACUAUCGCUGGCAUUUGGACAAAGUCAAAACUGAUCUGCGUGAGAAGUCUGCUGUUCAUCAGCUGGAAGAGGAGUACGAAUACCUCCUGAGGUUCUCCUUUGAAAGAAUGGACCAGUUGCGCCAGCUGCAGAACAUCAUCCAAGCGACUAGCAGGGAAAUCAUGUGGAUCAAUGACUGCGAGGAGGAGGAACUCCUUUAUGACUGGAGUGAUCGGAACACUGACAUUGCCCGGAAACAGGAGGCCUUUUCUAAACGCAUGAGCCAACUGGAAGUCAAGGAAAAGGAACUCAACAAGCUAAAGCAAGAAUGUGACCAACUGGUGCUCAGUCAGCAUCCUGCUUCGGAUAAAAUUGAGGCCUACAUGGAUACACUGCAGACUCAGUGGAGCUGGAUUCUCCAGAUCACCAAGUGUAUUGAUGUCCAUCUCAAGGAGAAUGCAGCAUACUUUCAGUUUUUUGAGGAAGCCCAAUCUACAGAGAGCUACUUGAAGAAUUUACAGGAUACCAUCAGGAAGAAGUACAUCUGUGAUAAAAACAUGUCCUUGCAAGUUAUUCUGGAGCAGAUCAAAGAGUUAGAGAAUGAGCGAGAGAAGAUUCUGGAAUACAAGAGGCAGGUUCAAAAUUUAGUGAAUAAGUCUAAGAAGAUAGUGCAGCUGAAGCCGAGGAACCCCGACUACAGGAGUAACAAACCCAUCAUUCUCAAGGCCUUGUGUGACUACAAACAAGAUCUGAAAACAAUGAGGAAAGGAGAUGAAUGCAUUUUAAAAGAUAACAGCGAACGCAGCAAAUGGCAUGUGACUGGACCGGGAGGAGUGGAUAUGCUGGUGCCUUCUGUCAGUCUCAUCAUCCCUCCCCCUAAUCCCUUUGCUGUGGAUCUGGCAACCAAGAUUGAGCAGUACUACGAUGCUAUUAUGGCUCUCUGGAAUCAGCUGUACAUCAACAUGAAGAGCCUGGUGUCCUGGCAUUACUGUAUGAUUGACAUUGAAAAGAUCAAGGCCAUGACUAUUGCUAAGCUGAAGACCAUGCGCAGAGAAGAUUAUCAAAGGGUGAUAAGUGACUUGGAGCUCCAUUACCAAGAGUUCCUCAGGCACAGCCAAGGCUCGGAGAUGUUUGGGGAUGAUGAAAAGCGGAGCAUUCAGUCCCAGUUCAGCAAUGCCCAGAAGCACUACCAAACCCUGGUCAUCCAGUUGCCAAGCCAUCCUCAUCCACCAACACCAACUCAACAAGUUGUCACUGAAGUCACUCGUGUCGAUGAAGGUCAUCUGCGUGAUAGGACCCGGGACCAGGAAGCCUGGCUGCUCAUGGAACUCCAGAAGCUUCGGCGGCAAAUAGAAAACUGUGAGGUUCGGACAGUGCAGAGGACCGCACUUCAGCUGGAUCAAGGGGCUUCUCACAAUUUGUCAGUCAGAAUCAGUGAAUUAGAGGGCAUACAGAAUGAGUCCCAGUCCUUGGCUGAUGCCCUUAACCGGCAAAAGGAUUACCUUCCUAACUUUAGAGGCACUGAAAAAUACAUCUAUUUGCAAUCAGAAAUCAGUGCUUUGUUUCAGAAACUUGAAAAUAUUAAUGGGGUCUCCGCUGGUUAUUUGGACAGUUUAAGGGCACUGAAAUCAUUGCUCCAGAGCAUUCUCCAGACAGAAGACAUGAUCCGCGUGUUUGAAGUCAGGCUGACAGAGGAGGACACCCUUUCAUUGGAUCCUGACAAAGUGGAAGCAUACCGGGCUAACCUGAAAAAAAUGAAAGCAGACCUUAGUUUGAAAAAAACAUUGCUUGGCACUUUGGAAACGGAGCUGCAGAAGGUCCUGCAGAUUCACUCUCAGUCUUCCCAGGCAUAUGCACUCUACGACUUGGAUCUUGGGAAGUACAGCGAAAAAGUUGGCCAGCUGACAGACCGUUGGCAAAGGGUGGAGAAACAGAUGGACGAUAGAACUUGGGAUUUGGAAAAACAGGUGAAACAGCUGAGAACCUAUCGAGAUCUUUACCAAGCUCUCAAUAAAUGGAUCUGUGAUGCAAGGCGCCGGCAAGACACCAUUGAAACCAUGAAGCUUGGAGAUGUCAGCACGGUCAUGCGAUACCUGCAGGAACAGAAGACCUUACAUGGUGAAAUAACAAGCAAACGGGACAAAGUGGAAGAGGUGGUCAAGAAUUCAGAGGUGUGCUCGGCAGCAAUCAAGGAUUAUGAACUCCAGGCCGCAGCCUAUUGCUCAGGGCUGGAAACGUUACUGAACAUUCCUAUUAAGAGGAGCUUGGUCCAGUCUCCUUCUGGGUUAAUUCUGCAAGAGGCUGCAGAGAUUCAGUCUCGGUACAUUGAGCUUCUGACAAGAUCAGGAGACUAUUACAAGUUCUUGAGUGAAAUGUUGAAGAACAUGGAGGAUUUAAAGAUGAAAAGCACCAAAAUAGAACUACUGGAAGAAGAGCUCAGAUUGGCCAGAGAUGCCAAUUCUGACAACAGCAAUAAGCACAAAUUCCUGGAGCAGAACCUACAGAAAUUCCAAGUGGAUUGUUCCCAGCUGAAAGCCAAACUCAUGAGUUUGGAAGAAAUAAAGAGACAAGUUGAGAUGGAUGGCAGUUCUGCCAAGCAAAACUUGGACAAAUGCUAUGGUCAAAUCAAAGAUCUGAAUGACAGGAUCACAAGGCUGACUUACGAGAUUGAAGAUGAGAAGAGGAAAAGGAAGCUGCUGGAAGACAGAUAUGAGCAGCAGAAGUCUGACUUUGACCAGUUGCAGAAAACAAGGCACAAUGAGAAGGAAACUCUUGGUUGGCAAAAGAUAGAAUCUGAGAAAAUCAUCAAGGAGAAAGAGUAUGAGAUAGAAAGGUUAAGGGUUCUUCUUCAAGACGAGGGGACACGGAAGAGGGAAUAUGAGAAUGAGCUGGCUAAGGUAAGAAACCAGUUUAAUGAGGAGAUGAGUAAUAUAAAGAACAAGUAUGAAACAGAAAUUAACAUUAAGAAGACCACAAUCCACCAGAUAGCUUCCCAGAAAGAGGAGGAUGCCAAGGGCCUCCGAGGCCAGAUCGAUAGACUGCAAAGGGAGAACAGAGACCUGAAGGAUGAGAUUGUCAGGCUCAAUGAGGCCAUUUUGGAAACUACGGAACAACGGAGAAGGGCAGAAGAAAAUGUGCUUCAGCAGAAGGCCUGCGGCACAGAAGUAAUCCAACAUAAGCAACAACUGGAGCUGGAGCUGAAGCAGGUCCUUCAACUACGCAACGAGGACAAUGCGAGGUACAAGCAGGCGCUUGAAGAUGCUGCUAUGACCAUCCAAGACAAAACCAAGGAGCUUGAACGAUUAAAGAUUCAGCUGCAAGAAGAGGCUAAAGGCCGAUGGGAACUUGAGAAUGAAUUGGCUAAGGUAAGGAACAAUUAUGAUGAGGAAAUGAUUAGUUUAAAGAACAAGUAUGAGACUGAGAUUAAUAUCACAAAGACCACAAUAAAUCAGGUGACCAUACAAAAGGAAGAGGAAACUGGUAAUUACCGAGCACAACUCGACAACGUUGUGAGAGAAAAUAGGAGCUUGUGUGAGGAGAUUAGGAGACUGAAAAACACAUUAAGUCAGACCACAGAGAACCUUAGACAAGCGGAAGAAAGUGUCCAGCAACAGAAAGCAGUUGGCUCAGAGAUCUCCCAAAAGAAACAUCACCUUGAGAUUGAGUUAAAGCAGACCGUUCAGAAGUACUCUGAAGAGACCACACGGUACAAGCAGUCGCUGGACGACGCAGGGAAAACAAUCAAGGAGAAAAACAAAGAGAUUGAAAAGCUGAGAAAGAUGUUGGAAGCAGAAACAAACCAGAGGAAAUCCAUGGAGGAAGAAAAUAUCCGGUUGCAAAGAAUCCAGUUUGAUCUGGAGAAAGUCAACAUCAGCGCAACAGAGACCAUCAGCAGACUUAAAGUUCAGGAGCAGGAAUUGGGGCGCCUCAAAAGCGAAUAUGAAAGAGUUACACAAGAGAAAAAAGGGAAAGAGCAAGACAACACCAGGCUCCAGAGCACCAUGAAAGAAUUGAAGCACCAGAAGAGCAAGCUGGAGGAGGAGCUUAGUAGGCAGUCUAGAGCCAUAACUGAAGAGAUUUCCAAACGGAAAAAAGUAGAAGAGGAAUUAGAAUCGAUGAGGCGGUCUUACAGGGAGCAAACAAUUAAAGUCACAAACCUCACUCAGCAGAUAGAGGAGGUCUCGAUUGUAAAGAAAAGGAGUGAAGAUGACCUGAAGCACCAAAGAGAUGUGCUAGAUAGCCACAUGAGAGACAAGCAGAGGUGCAUGGAGGAGAUAAGGAAGUACACUUCAGAGAUUGAAACCUUGCGCCGCCAGCUUGUCCAAGAGCAGGACAAUCUCAAGCAGGCUCACAUACGCAACGAGCACUUGCAGAAGCUGAUUGAGGAUAAGAGCAAAGGCCUCAAUGAGUGCAAGAUAGAAAUCGAGCGGCUUCAGUCUCUUACUGAGAACCUGACCAAAGAACACUUGAUGUUAGAGGAGGAAUUGCGCAAUUUAAGAUUGGAGUAUGAUGAUCUGAGAAGGGGCAGAUGUGAAGUGGAUGAGGAAAAAAAUGCCACAAUUAUUGAACUAAAGAGUCAGCUACAAACAAGCAGCAAGCAUACCCUGGAGCUCCAGGGUCUGAUAAAUGGUUUACAGAAAGAAAGGGAAAAUUUGAGACAGGAAAUUGAAAAAUACCAAAAGCAGGCUUUGGAGUCAUCCCAUAGGAUUCAAGAAUCCAAAAACCAAUGUAAUCAUAUAAUGCAAGAGCGAGAAGCAUUGCUGAUAAAAAUAAACACCCUGGAACAAGACAAGGCACGGCUCUUGAGGCUGGAAGAAGAUCUGAAUCGUACUAAAGGAACGCUAGAAUCAGAAUCUCGCUUGAAAAUGAGGUUGGAGAGUGAGAAGCAGCAGAUCCUGAAUGAUCUAAAUCAGUGGAAGAGCCAAUAUUCCCGGAAAGAAGAAACAAUAAGGAAGAUCGAAUCUGAGCGCGAAAAGAGCGAGAGGGAGAAGAAUUCCUUGUUGAUAGAAAUUGAGAGGUUGCAGGCAGAUAUUAAGAGGAUUGAAGAAAGGUAUCGGAGUAGGUUAGAGGAGACAAGCAGGAAGAGCCAGUCGGAGAUGGAUGCAGAGCGCCUCAGACUGCAGAGAGAGAUUGAGAAGCUUAAGCAGCGUCCCUAUGGGGCCCACAGAGGCACCCAGACGGAAGAAGACUUUGUUAUCGAUCCUUCCAAAUUGCUUUUCAGUGGCCUUCGGAAAAAAAUAACUGCUGUCCAGCUGUAUGAAUGUCAGCUCAUAGACAAAAGCACUCUGGAUAAGCUGCUGAGGGGGCAGAAGUCAGUGGAGGAGGUUGCAGCAGAUCUCGAACCAUACCUUAGAGGAGCUGGGGCUAUAGCUGGAGCCUCUCUCAGUCCCAAGGACAAGUACUCUCUAGUGGAGGCAAAACGGAAGCAGCUCCUAACACCAGAAAAUACAGUCCUGCUUUUGGAAGCCCAAGCAGCCACUGGAGGUGUGAUUGACCCCCACCGGAAUGAAUUGUUGAGUGUUGACAGUGCCAUUGCUCGAGACCUGAUCGAUUUUGACGAUAGGGAGCAAAUCUAUGCUGCUGAAAAAGCUGUCACUGGGUUUAAAGACCCGUUCUCAGGGAAAACAGUGCCUGUGUCAGAAGCCAUCAAGAAAAAUCUGAUUGACAGGGAGACUGGUAUGCGUUUGCUUGAGGCCCAAUUAGCUGUGGGAGGGUUUGUUGACCCCAUCAAUAGUGUCUUCUUGCCAAAAGAUAUUGCUUUAUCCCGUGGGCUGAUUGAUCGAGAGUUGUUUAGAGUUCUGAAUACUCAAAGUUCAUCCAAGCACUUCAUCGAUCCAGUCUCUAAGAAGGCCAUAAGUUACAUGCAGCUGAGGGAUAAAUGUAGAAUCGAACCGCACACUGGUUUACUCCUCCUCCCUGUGCAGAAGAGAAGUAUGUCAUUCCAAGGGAUCCGGCAGCAGGUCACAAUUUCUGAAUUGGUCAACUCUGGUAUCAUUCGAGAAUCAACAGCAAAUGAUCUUGAAACGGGGGUAAUCACCGUUGAAGAAGUCACUGACCGAAUUAAGGAUUUCCUUCAGGGCUCCAGUUGCAUAGCUGGUAUCUAUAACGAGGCCACCAGAGAGAAGCUCGGCGUUUAUCAGGCCAUGAAGAUAGGUUUGGUCAGACCAGGGACAGCGCUUGAGCUUCUAGAAGCCCAGGCAGCCACUGGAUUCAUUGUGGACCCUGUUAGCAAUUCAAGGCUUACAGUGGAAGAUGCUUAUAAGAGAGGCCUGGUAGGAAUAGAGUUUAAAGAGAAACUUCUGUCAGCUGAAAGAGCAGUCACUGGAUACAAAGACCCAGAAACAGGAAAUAUCAUCUCCUUGUUCCAGGCAAUGAACAAAGAACUCAUUGAGAAAGGUCACGGUAUCCGAUUGCUGGAAGCUCAGAUAGCCACUGGUGGGAUCAUUGACCCCAAGGAAAGUCAUCGUUUGCCAGUCCAGACUGCAUACCAACGUGGGUUCUUCAAUGAAGAGCUCAAUGAAAUUCUGUUGGAUCCCAGUGAUGAUACCAAAGGUUUUUUUGACCCUAACACAGAAGAAAACUUGACCUAUCUGCAGUUAAAAGAAAGAUGUAUAACUGAUGAAGCAACUGGGCUUUGCCUUCUACCCCUGAGAGAGAAAAAGAAAGUGGUACAGACUUCCCAAAAGAAUACACUUCGGAAGCGCAGAGUUGUCAUUGUGGAUCCGGACACAAAUAAGGAAAUGUCUGUCCAACAGGCAUACAACAAAGGUCUCAUAGAUUAUGACACUUACAUGGAGCUUUCUGACCAGGAAUGUGAAUGGGAAGAAAUAACUAUUACAGGGUCAGAUGGAAGCACAAGAGUAGUCCUUGUUGACAGAAAAACGGGCAACCAGUAUGACAUUCAGGAUGCCCUUGAUAAAGGGCAGGUUGACAGGAAAUUUUUUGACCAAUACCGUUCUGGAUCAUUAAGCCUCACACAAUUUGCUGAUAUGAUUGCCAGCAGAAAUGGUGGGGAUGAAGUCUUUCGGCAUGAGUCUGUCACUAGGUCUCCCACAGUAGUGAGUGUCAGAAGCUCCUCCACAGUGUUGAAGAGUGGUUCCAUUUCAGAAUCCUUGGAUGAAACAACUCCCAUUGCCGCCAUAUUUGACACUGAAAACUUGGAGAAGAUUUCCAUAUCAGAAGCUGUGCAACGGGGCAUCGUUGAUAGCAUCACUGCUCAGCGCUUACUUGAAGCUCAAGCCUGCACAGGAGGCAUUGUGUGUCCUACCACAGGUCAGCGGCUUUCCCUUCAGGAAGCAGUUUCCCAAGGCAUCAUUGACCAUGAAAUGGCUACACGACUGAAGCCAGCUCAGAAAGCCUUCAUAGGGUUUGAAGGGAUCAAGGGUCGAAAGAGAAUGUCAGCGGCAGAGGCAGUGAAGGAAAAAUGGCUGCCUUAUGAGGCUGGCCAACGCUUCCUUGAGUUUCAAUUUAUCACUGGAGGCCUUAUUGAUCCUGAAGUAGGUGGACGAAUAAGUACUGAAGAAGCCAUCAGAAAAGGAUUGAUUGAUGGCCGAACUGCCCAGAGAUUACAAGACACCAGCAGCUACACAAAGAUUCUGACCUGUCCAAAAACAAAGCUGAAGAUCUCUUACAAAGAUGCGAUGAAUCGCUCCAUGGUGGAAGAUAAAACUGGGCUUAGGUUAUUAGAAGCGUCUUCUGUUUCGUCCAAAGGCAUAUCCAGCCCAUACAAUGUCUCCUCGGCACCAGGGUCCCGUUCAGGCUCUCGAUCUGGUUCCCGCUCAGGUUCUCGCAGUGGAUCAAGGAGGGGAAGUUUUGACGCAGCCACAAAUACUUCAUAUUCUUAUACCUAUACAACCAUCAGCAGCAGCAGCUCCCUUGGGCGCUAGAAGCUAAACCAGCAAGCUUUUUCUUAAUUUUUCAUCUUCACCUGUAUGAAUCUCUUUAAGCAAGAAAAUUAGCAAAAACAAACCAAAAAAAAAGGGACUGGUUGGUGGUAAACUUAGUACUGGCUUGGGUGCAAUAGCUAAGCUGCAGAAUAGAAUCUAAACCAAGAUGCAAGCUACAAAGAAAGUAUUGCUGCUGCUUUUCUCCCCAAUAUUUUUUAAACCAUUCAAUUGUUUUGGGUGCAGACUUGUAAAGCCAUGGUGAUAUAAAGCAAAAAAUUGUAGUAUCUUCUUUAAUGCAUUUUGUUUUGCAUCUUUUCUGUUGUACUUUGCAUAUGUUGUCCAUUUCCUUCCAUUGGCCAUGUUCUACAGCAAAUUGUUAGCCUAAAUCCCAUGUCAGUUUUGUAUCACUGGAUUUAGUUUGGAUGUUGCAGUGAAUAAUUGCUUGUGCACUGCGGUUGCCAUGGGCUGUGUCCUCCUCUAUCACUUGAUGGCUGAGGGAGGAUGUACAAGAUUGUCCUUUCUUUUUGCAGUGGCCAAUCAUUUCUGUUCAUUUCUGCUUGCUUAUUCUUUGUGUAACAAAGUACAGGCCUGACAGCAUAACGUUUACUAUUCUGGCAAUAAAAUUUUAAACCUCCUUU